GUUCUGCUAUGGACAUGGCAGACACAAGACACCAACCUGAAGAUGUUCGCAUAUCCCAAUAUCCGCCUCCGAAUUACCCCCGAGAAAGCGAUGCUCUCAAUCCAAACAACGAAAAGCGCGCGAAGACCGCAGCACAUUCGGUGACUUCUCUCGGCAAAUCUCUUGCAAGUAGCGAUACAUCAAAGAACUCCACUUCUGCUGAAUGGCGCCCGUACACUUUGCGGUGGUCCCUGGUCUGGAUCCCCACUGCAGCCUCACUAAUCCUUGCCAUUGUCGUCGGCAUUCUGUACUGGAGGUCUCACAAGAACAAUGGACUAUGCUCGGAAGCGUCCGCUGUCGUUGGCUGGCGGUUCGCUCCUACGCUUGUUGCGGUUCUGUGGGGCCAGCUCAUCACCAUGUUGUUCAACGACAUCCAACGUACUGAACCUUUCGCACGCCUCGCACGACCUCCUGGAUCUGUCCCGCCCGCAUCGAGAACCAUUUUGGAACGUCCACGGCAAGUGUGGACAGCUUUUGCUCAUGCUUUCAACAAGAAGCACAACGGAGGGAAAAGAAGCUGGAUCAUCAUAUGGGCUUCAGUCGUCCUCGUCAUAUCGUCCAUUAUUAUCUCGUUGUCUUCUGCGCUCCUCGCUUCCGAAGAGACUAAGAUGUGGCAGCCGCUGCAGAUGACCAGAUUGAUUCCGGAGAAAGCUUCAGCUCUGGAGCCUUCAGUGAAACGAGACACAUAUUUCCGAACCACUGGCGCAAUUUUGCAGAACGUGGUCACAUCGCCUUGGAUAUCUGAUGAGUAUGCAGUUCUUCCUUUCUGGCCCGAAGGUUCCGAUGGAAAACCUUGGGACGCGCAACAUAUUUCCACACCUCAAACAUGGGAAGCUGAAACAACUGUGUUCCGCAACGAUUUGCAGUGUUCCCCACUCAAACUUGCUGCUACCGACGUGUGGUCCUACACAUACGACUACUACAACAUGACUAAUUAUGAGUAUCGCAUGUCCGUUCGACUGGAAAACGAGGCAGGGUGCAAGUACAACAUGAGCUUCAACGCUAGUGCCAAGUACGAUAUGAACUCUUGGGAACUCGGUUCAUGGUCCGACCUGGAUACCUUCGUUGUGAAGAACGAAUACGCUGUCACAACUGAUUCUUACGAUUACCGACCGCUACCAUGGAAACCCACCUACAACGACAAAUGCCAAGGGGACGAGAUCAUGGUCAUGAGCAGUCAGUGGAUCAGCCACGACUGGAUAACGUUCUCAAACGUCACGGCUAAAUUUUUGCCCAAUCUUACCGUAUCAGGUUACCUGUGUAAUUCUUCACAUACAAUGGCGAGCAUACCUGUGCGUGUUUCGGCCUCCGCCAGUGACUUUCACGUCGACUUCGAUUCUGGCGCGUUCCAGAAAGCACAGCAGGACGUACCGCCAAGCGUACUGAAGACCUCACAGUUCAUCAAGACGUAUACCGACCCAUACUGGUAUAUGGUUGUACCGAAGCUAAACAUGGGACCCGCCGUUCCAUCUGGAGCGAUGGCAUUGCUUGCUGCCAAAUAUGAGUUCGACUUUUACGGGAUGAAGAAUGAUACAAAGUUGCCGGACCUAGCUGCACGAUUACAGAGACGUCACUUUGGGGAAGUCCUGCGGACUUCUCUUGACGUUCGUGGCGCAUCGCAGAGCGAAACAAUAACAGGCAGUUCAAUGGCAUCAGAGCGCAGAAUCACAGUACGCGUCGAGGCCGCUGCUGCUCUCGUUGCGCUCUUUGCGUUCUGUUUCUUCACCAUGCUGGGAUUAAUCUGGCUCUCUACGGCUAGACGAAGGCCGUUGCAUCUGACUCACGAACCUGCGACAGUAUUGGGAACCGUAUCCCUCGUCUCAUCAAAUCCUGCGAUAUUGGCCUCCCUUCGGGACCUGGACCAAGCAUCAACAGCAGAGCUAAGAUCGGUCUUGAAAGGUCGAUUCUUUUCGACCUCUCAUGGGCAUUUGAGGGAAGUGUCCAAGAACGGCCAGGUCGAAACAUCGGAUCCCGUACCCAGAGUACCCACACUUGCGGAGAAGGAGUCACCAUUUUGGGUAAAGAUACGAGUUCUGUUGGGUCUGAUUCUGUUUAUCGCUCUCCUGGUAAUGGCCAUUACAGUCGUUCACAGGUUCGCGAGCGACUCGGAUCUCAAGAAGGGCUUCUUUACCUAUCACCUCAACAUCAACGCCCUCGGUCAUCUGGGCAGCUUUACUCCCUUUUCGAUCAUCCCAACUACUUUGGCCGUCCUUCUCGGUCUUUGGUGGAAUGCUCUGGAUGUCACAUUCAGAUCUCUACAGCCCUACGUUUCCAUGUCUCAAGCCCCCAGGGAGAUCUCAAGGGGCGCAUACGUUUCGUAUCAGUCGUCGUACUGGUUGUGGGCCACGGGAAAAGCAGCCAAGAACAAACACUGGCUGUUGUCGCUCGUAACGCUUGGAACCUUCCUAGCACAGGCCUUUACCAUUGCCACUUCCGCCCUAUUCGAGCAGACUACUGGUGUCAUAAAUGACGCCGUCGAACUCAAUAGAAGUCUCGAGCUCCGACAAGUCCCUUACCUUCGAAUGGUUAAUGAGACCUACCCUCCAACAUACGGUGGCUCCCGUGGAGCCUAUGGAUAUCCAUAUGUCGGUACAGUACUCACGGAUCUCUUUGGCAACUUGACGAACAAUUGGCUUUACUCAGGGGUGAUUCAAGCCACAAUGAAUGCAUCUGAGCUGAACUGGUGCAAGGAUGGCUGGAGCUUCGUCCCGGUCGAUCUGUCGGACCUCAAGAACAGACAGACGACCACCAGUGACACUGACACCGACCAAUCAGAUGCCUAUGGUGCACUGAUCAAUAUUACAAUGACAACCCCGGCCAUCCGUGGAAGAGUCGAGUGCUAUCAACCAGAGGAGAUCAGGAACGGCAGCACCAAAUGGAACUAUAACACCACGUGGACUGAUCCAGAGACGAAUAAGACCAGCAAGGUCAAUGUGCCGGGUACCAGUAUGCUCGGAGGUCCGACUGUACCAGAUUCUAGAUAUGUCACAUGUUGUUACAACCACACUGACUCACUCAACGACACUACCCCGCAACCUUUGGCCUUGGGCUACUGGACUCAGGACUAUGCAAAUACAUCCGAAUACGUAUCCGCAUCCCUGAACAACUUCACUGUCAAAUGGAUAACAGGGGAUGGCGCCUCCCAAGACGGCCUCAUGAGUAACCAAGAAACCCUCUACUUUCCCAACAUUCCGAAAAUCCAAGCAGUAAAGUGCAUGCCGGUCUUUGAAAAAGCCGAAGCAGACAUCGUGGUGGACAAGCAGGAUGGCCGCAUCCUGUCAUAUCACAUACUAGGAGAACCCACCCCCGACGAUGGCGCUUGGAGCGAUGCGUUCGUUUUCCACGACUUGUCUGAUCCAAACGAUCCAGCAGUAAAGAAGGAAAUCAAGGAUACCAGCAGCCUGUGUGAUCCGGACUUAGACUGUCCGCCCAUGGUGAUGCAGAACAUCACAACAAGUUAUGGUAACCUUUUUAUGAAUUCGCUGCUUCGAGCCUCACGACUAGUAGCUCUCUCCAAUUCUGGCGCCAAUCACGGCCCACCUAUAGCUGGUGAGCUUUCUCUAACCGAUAAUGUGUUCAACAUCCAAGACAAUUUGACUGGGCUCAACAUGGACUUCAUGUCAUACGCCGCGUACGUCCAAGCAGACAGAGACCCCAAGGCACUGCUCGAUUUGAACUACAUGCUGGAGAGCACCCAGAAAAUCUUCACCAUCUUUUUUCAACACUACGUGAGCAGCACCUACUCGCUCAAGGCAGGCGGCUGGGUGUACCAGCCCAUCGGUGCGAACCAGGAUGGCCUCGGUGCCGCAAAUGAGACAUUUCCCCAGUUCAAUCCUGAUGGAACCCGCGCCAAGAAAGUCAGCGAGCUACCUGCGCAGAACACAAAUCGCACGGCUAGCGCAACAAUGUCGACACGGGUGGAGGUUCUGCACAUGAACCCGAAGGCGGUGUGGCUGAGCGUAGCCUUGCUCAUCUGGCUAGCUCUUACUGCCAUCCUUGUCUGCGCGAUGCAAAGAUGGUUCUUCGGCGAUCUGCGUCGCAAUGUGGAGUCCAUCGCCGAUGUGCUGGUCCUUGUGGCCGGCAGCGAGAGACUACUUGCUGCGGUAGAAAAGCACGGCGUCGAAGGCCUACUCAAGAGCGAUGUCAAGACGCGGUUGGGAUGGUUCCGCACAGAUGAUGGGAAAAUGAGAUGGGGAAUCGAGAUUGCAGAAGAGGGAGAAGUACUAAUGGACUGAUCGUUGACGGCUCCGCGAAACUGUGAAGCAGGACAUGAAUUAUUGUUUCAAUUCC